UUGUGAGACAACGCAAGACAUAGGACAUGACUUUUUAAAUGGAUCUUACUGAGAACGGAUGGACUGUAUUCAUUAGUUUAAUUUAUUUCAGUUUAAAUAUUACUUUUGCCACCACCUUAACAUCAUGAUGAUGUCACUUUCCAGAUUUCUUCUAAGAAAUGAAUAUGUUUUAGGAUUUAACUGCGUGCAAAGAUUUAUGUCAUCCCGAACGAAUGGAGAAGUCAGAAUCACACAAAUCCUAAAAGAGAGCUUCCCACAAGCAACGUCUGUUAAAGUCGUGGAUAUUUCUGGUGGCUGUGGAGCCAUGUAUGAAGUACAUAUAGAAUCAAAUGAAUUCAAAGGAAAAAGAACAGUGCAACAACACCAACUAGUGAACCAGGCACUUAAAGAUGAGAUACAAGGGAUGCAUGGAUUAAGAAUAUUCACAGAUGUUCCCAAAAAGUAGAAACAAGAGUUCAUUGAGACAGAAGAAACUGUUGAUUUGACCAACGGUGGAAGACCUCUGACGGCAUUAAGUAAAAAGCAGCAAACCCCAAAGUACCUCUUUCUAUUAGAUAAUGUGUUAAUAUUACAGGCAGCAUAACACGAUGGUAUAACUCUAAAGUUGUUUGUUCAGUGACAAAUGAAGCAUUUCAGCGAUGAAACAACAAAAAUAAUUACACAUUUGCCACUCCAUGACUUCAUUUUGUAAAUAAUUUAAAAUGCAUGUAUGCAUUUUAAAAGUAUGCAUUUAAGAUUAAUCACACAUUUGUUGCUCUUUAUUUUUAGUUUUAAAGUUUUACAGUAAUGCUAUUGGAGUGUCAGUUCUGUCUAAAUGCAAUCUACUAAGAGUCGCCUCUGUAGAAAUGUAUAUGCAUAGUGUAACCAAUAAGACAAGAAUUAAACUGAACACUCAGUCAAAAUGUAGUAUUUCAUGACUGAUGUUUAAUCACUACUUGACAGACAUCUUCUCAGAUGUGAUCAAUAACAUCCAUGUUUGUUCUUCCAAAGUACAAUCAAAGUAGUCUCCAAAUUGUGAGAGUUGAGUUGAUUAGUAGAUUAACAGGAAACCAUGUGUUAAAGAUGUUGUAAUUGUUUUACUGUCUAUCUAUUUGUUUUUAUAACAUUUUUCAGACAUUUUAGCAAGUUUAAAAAAAUUUUUUUCCCAUUCUUUAGAACCAAAAUAGACAUGUCCUUUUUUCCAACUCUGAAAAAUAGGCUGUCUGUUGUUAUUCUUAUAGAUUUUGACAACUGUGCCAGAGCAUAACCAUGAAUGUCACACUGUUUUAUUUCUAAAUUUAAAUGAAAUUACUGUGAAACUAUGCACAGCACUACAGCAUCUUGCAAGUAUGCAGUUUCCCCAAUAUUGUCACAGAAAACACUUGCCUUUAUUCACCAUAAGUGCUGGAGUUCUCACAAAGUACAUGUGAGAUCCAUCAAAAAGUGCACAGUAAGCUGAAAUUCCAAAGAGCUUGAGUGUCAUAACGUAAUAGCUCUGCUUCUCCAUUGUGAAUUAUCUACAAUGGCUUUAGGAGCUCUUCCCAUUUACUGCUGUAGAGACUACUGCAUUAACUUUAAAGACACGCAAUUUCUGUGGAAGUCCUUGUACUCUGCACAUGAAAGUUCAAAAAAGUUGCUCCAGCUUUUAUUGGCAAAUUAAUACUCGACUAUUCUGCUUGGUGUGAUCUUGUUGUACAGUGAGCUUAUUCAUAUGGCCAGUACAGUACCUGGUUACACCACGAGGUGGCAAAGUAUUCCUGAAACUUGGUUUUGACUAAUGGCAUCCUCAGCCAAUUGAAGAGAACAAUGCCAAACUAAAAUGUUGUUUUCUGAGUUGUGCACCACCUAACAGUGAUUUUCUGAGAUGGAAAAACCACACAACGUUUUUCAGCUUUAUGUAAUAAAUUCCUUGAGGAAGACUGAUUGUAAUGGGAGGCCUAACACUGAAAUUUUCUCCAUUACAAGUGGACAGCUACUGUGCAAAAAGAGGUGAAUUAAGGACUCAUUCCCAGUUUAGCUGAAUCCAGAGGAAGUGAGCCAGAUGGAAUAAAAGCUCAGAUGAUAUAAAAUGUAAAUGGAUAUAUUUCUGGCACUCCAUGAUCAGAGUUUCAUACCUCUGGGCUAAAGUACUGGAUAAAGCACCUCAGCUGAAUUGAAAGCUUAACUUCAAAUAAAAUGAUAGAUUUCUAGGGCAUAACUUUGAGGGGGACGUUUUAACUAGGAACUUUAACAGCUUUAACAACUCUGUGAUAGAUGCAUCUGUAUUGGUUACUUGCACAAAUACUACGUGUACAUGGAUUCAUUGAUUCUAGGAUGUGGAGCCAUUUAAGACUGAACAGCUGAACAAAACUACUUACCAAAACGUUGUUCUUGACAGUUGAAAUAAGAAUGAAAAAUAAAAAGUUAGAAGGGUCCACUA